GUACAUAUCUUACGAUUUUUUCUUGUCCCCGGCACCAACUACUAGGCUCUAGUACAGGCUCCAUUUUUAGUCUUUCUCUACUCGGCUUCAGGUGCACAUGGGAAGUUCAAAGGAAUCUUCAGAGGAUCAAGACCUGGCAGAGUUGCGGCGCAACUUAGCCACGGGCAACCAGAAAGACACUGGAGAUGCUAGUUCCGCUAUUCCUUCCGUAAUAUGCUACUGCCUGGCGUCAAUCAUGAUGACAGUCGUGAACAAGUUCGUAGUGUCUGGGAGUCAAUUUAACAUGACUUUUCUGCUGCUAUCAAUGCAGAGUAUAGUCUGCGUUGCGUGCGUGAUUGCAGCUAAGAAGUCAGGUAUAAUAUCAUUCCGCGAUUUCGACAUGCAAGAUGUCAAAGCAUGGUAUCCCAUCAGCUGUCUGCUGGUCAGUGUAAUCUAUACCGGUUCGAAAAGUCUGCAAUACCUCACUAUACCCGUUUAUACCAUUUUCAAGAAUCUGACGAUUAUACUCAUUGCAUACGGGGAAGUUCUGUGGUUCGGCGGACGAAUUACAGCACUUACGAUGGUCGCCUUCAUUUUUAUGGUGUCAUCUUCUAUAUUGGCUGCGUUUACGGAUGUCAACAAUGCCAUAGGUGCCACCGAGAAUAUUCCACCAGCGAGCGCUGCCAUAGGUAUUGGUUUAGACAUGAUGUCAAACAUGGUUUCUAGACUGAAUGCGGGGUACGUAUGGAUGUUUGUGAACUGCCUGAUGAGUGCUGCCUACGUUCUUCUCAUGCGCAAGCGCAUAAAAGCUACUGGCUUUUCUGAUUGGGAUUCGAUGUUCUAUAAUAACUUGUUAUCGAUCCCUGUCUUGGCAGUGUUUUCUAUUGUUGUGGAGGAUUGGGGCUCAGAGAAUCUCGUCAGAAACUUCCCACUCGAGACACGCAACGUUCUUUUGUCCGCUAUCGCAUUUUCGGGUGCGGCUGCAGUUGGAAUUUCAUAUUCUACGGCAUGGUGUGUGCGCACCACGAGUAGUACCACCUAUAGCAUGGUCGGAGCUCUCAACAAACUCCCUGUUGCGGCUUCGGGUAUGCUCUUCUUUGGUGAUGUGGUAACAGUAGGAUCGGUGUCGGCGAUUGGAAUGGGGUUCUUUGCAGGAGUCGUGUAUGCGAUAGCGAAGAACAACCAGAAGAAGAUGGAGAGCCGGCCUCAAGCAACCACUAUCAUACCCCUGUCGAAUAGGUAGAACUUCAUCGACAAGUGCACAUACUUUUCGGUUUCAUCAUGUUACCGUGUUUCUGUAUAUCCCGAGCAUCUAGAGCAAUAGAAUUACUUACGUUAAAGCUCAUAGUGUGGUUUCUCGCGAGCUGCCGAACAAACGCCAUUUGAUGGGGUUAAGAGACAAGAGAUGGUGAUGAUGGGUAAGGCCCACUUUAAACCCGGCCGAGGUUUGUUCAUGAUCUUGAUAGUCUGCCAAGAUAAACAUGUACCAGCGAAACAAAGAUGCAUGCUGUAGGCCUAGGAAUGCCAAUGCGGACGG